AUGGUUUUUCUUGACACACUUCCUACUAAAGAAAGGCUUCAUCGCAUGGGGCUUAUCACUGAUUUCCAUUGCGUUUAUUGUGGUGUUGUUCUGGAAACAAGGAAUCACUUGUUCUUUGAAUGUCCUGCAGCAACUUCUUUAUCGACAACUCUUUUCUCCCUUAAUGGCUUGCGGUUUAGACAUUUGUCAUGGGAAGCUCUCUUUGAUUGGGCUUGUGUUUAUUGGAAAGGAAAAUCCUUGCUUACUUCUACUAUGAAGAUUGCUUCGAAUGCUUUAAUCUACAUCCUAUGGGAAGAAAGAAACAAGAGACUUUUCCAAGGUCGAUCUAGAAAUGUUGAAGAAAUGUUCCCUGCCAUCAAGGAAAUUGUUGGGUUACACUUGAGGGGUAGAAAUAUAAAUAGAUUAGAGUGUGUAAUAUUACUCUUUGUAAUCAUUGUGGAUAGUUGA